AGACAUAACAGUUGACAAGGGUUUUCACUUUUGUCACGGUCUAAUAAAUCUUCGGUGAACUUGAGGUGCAUGCAGGAUUUUACUUCGUAACCAGACCACAAUAUCACGUUGCAUGCGUAUAUUUGUUACUAAUUUAACUUUUAGAAGAGAUCUGUUGUCACACACAAAGUUCUUGACGGGCCAAAUAUCGAAAACACGGAAUUGACCCCAGCCUAGGUAGGAUCCUACUAAACCGGGCUCGGCCACAAGUACAGAAAUCGACGUGUUCAAACGACUAACAGUAAUGGCUGUUUAUAACACAAGAAGAAAAACUGUACAAUCGGAGUUUCUUCUGUUGGCAGCCAUCUUGUUUUCUCUUUUGGCGAACGUGAAGACUGGCAUCACCACAAAGCCGGAUGUGGUGGUAGGAAACCCUGGUUCAACAGCUGUGCUGUCCUGUCAGGCUAGCGAGGCCAACAGCCAGCUUGACUGGUGGUUCCUAGAUCACAAAACACAGAUAUCAUCAGGUCGCAGUGUGCUCAUCAACGAUGCCAGCAAAUACAGUCUCAUAUUUCCACAAGAUAGUUCUGGCUACAUGGCAGUGAACUUGCAGAUUCGUGAUCUGAAGACUACCGACCACGGCUACUACCGCUGUGUUAUCCAUGGUACCCAGGAUGCAGUUACACACCAGCUCACUGUCAUAGGGGCUCCUAAAAUACCGACAAAUGUGAAUAUAUCAGCUGCAAAUUUUACAGCCUGUUGUCGCCAAGAAAGUGUUUCGGAGCAGUGCAUGCCAGCCUGCCACCCGUCCAGUGUGGAUCGCAGUGUAUUCAACGAAACAGAAGUGUGUGCCUCCGAUCUCAACAAACUACUCAAGUGUUUCUCAGAUGCCCGAAAUCACAUCGGCUGCUGUCGUAGACGUUUACUACCAGAAGAAUGUCUAGACUUCUGUGCAAACAACCCACCCACCUUGAGUCUAGUGCAUUUGGGUUGUCUGCGUCGUGUUAAUGACAUCAUUUCCUGUUUUGAAGAAGGUCAAGUUUUGCUGCCAAGUGUUCCAGUGAAGGUUUCGGCUCUUAAUCUUCCUGGUUACAGACUUCUCGUUAGUUGGCUUCCACCAAGUGAAAAUGCCAAACUUCUAACUGGCUACAGAGUUUCAUACCGACAGACCAGUGACCAAAACGGGCCCUACAGCCAUACUGCUGUGUUGACCCAUUUCACUAUCCAGUACACAUUAACUGGUCUGGAAGCCAACAAGCGUUACACCAUCUAUGUGACAGCCAUCGGCAAGUAUGGAGCCAGUCAGCCUUCAGAAAGAAUCGAUAUCUCAACGUCUAAUGAUAUUUCGCAACCUGGCCAGGACAAGGACAUUAAAGCUUGUUGUGUUGCCCGUAAGGUGAGCAGCCUCUGUCGAGACUUGCUGUGUACGGCGUCUGUUCUCAAACAGUGGGACCCAACAAACCUGGCUAAGUGCUACCCAGAGCUAGAACACAUCUUCAGCUGUCUUAAAGGAGAGCGUAACCACACAACCUGCUGUAAACAGAACAACAUCCCCACCAUAUGUCUUGGUUUCUGUGGUACCAAACCUCCUUCGUUUAGCUGGGAUUUCGUCGAGUGUGUGUCUGACAAAAGACUCAGUACGAUCGAGGCGUGUGUUCAGCAGGGCUUGAAGAGUCUUCCAAGUGCACCACAGUCAGUCAUGUUAACAAGCUUGGGUUAUCAGUCUGCUGAUAUUUCAUGGUCUCCACCAGUCUCGGGGGACAAGCCGGGUCAAACGUAUCUUGUCCAGCUGAGAGAAAAGAAAAAAGGAAUUCUGUUUAAAAAUAUGGACACAGUGACUGGAACAUACAUUAAGCUGACAAACUUGAAGUCUGACACCUUGUACGAAGUAAGAGUCAUUACCGUGGGAAAUGAAUCCAGUAGUCUCCCUUCUCUGACCAUCACAUUUCUCACCAAACCUGAUCUGACAGUUGUUACUCCUCCUCAGGUAGUGGCCAUUAACAAUGAGACAGCUUGUUGUAUAAAAGCGAAUGUUAGCAGAACAUGUAUGCCAGGCUGCACCUACGACGUAGCCAGCCUUAUAAGUUUUUUCGGUGACACAAGCAAUUUGUUUACCUGUGUGGCCCAUAUUCCAAACAUGAUGAAAUGUGGAGCAGAUGGACGGAAUCACACCAACUGUUGUGCAGGUCGAGGUGUGAAUGCUCUGUGUUCCAAGCUUUGUUCUAUAUCGCAGAAUGACACCAUCGGCCCCGACUUUGUGUCAUGUUUCGGCAAAGUACUGGAUGUCAUUCAGUGUUACGAAGAAGGGAGAACGACCUUACCUAAACAUCCAGAUGGUGUCCGAAUUACCAAGGUCACUACGCACACAAUCAGCCUGACUUGGAACCAUCCGGCUUCUGGCGGCCAAAUAAAUAACUACAUCGUACGGUACAAGGAAUUCCACCAAGACUGGCAGCUGAUUGACACAAAAUCGUCAAAGAUUACAUACAUCAUCCAAGAUCUAAAACCAUCACAUGAGUAUGAAAUUAAUGUCUUGUCAUCUAACGACAAUGGUGUGAGUGUUCCGAGUGCAUCAAUUGUCUCCUUCACAAAGCAUGUUAAUGGCACCUCAGCACCUGUUGUGACACCUCACCCACUUGGAAAAGCUAUAUUUGAAAAUAAAACAGACUGCUGCAAGAACCAAGGUGUGUCGGCUGAAUGUAUGCAUCUCUGUCUGAACAAAGCAGGAAGCACCAGUCCUUGUUAUGUCGAUGCUGAUAAAAUCAUUGCAUGCGGAGCAGAUGGAAAAGACCACACUCCAUGCUGUCAUCGUCGAGGGGUUCCAGACUCCUGCUUGUCGCUGUGCAAGGGCCAGUCAAUGGGGCGGAACCACCUGACCCUCUUCUGUCUCACCUACACUGUGUCCAUCCAGACCUGCUUCUAUGAAAAUGAUGGCUUGAUACCUUCACCUCCGACCAAUUUCGCCACAACUGAAAUGCCCAACCAGUUUCGGCAGCUCACCUGGGGGAAGCCGUCAUCAAAUUGUGACAGUGGGUGCACCUACAGUGUCCACUACUGGGAAGUGUCGCCAUACUACGACUGGGCACGGAUAUACAAUGAAGAAGGGGCUACAACUGUUGAGAAUGUCACCAGUGGCUGGGUGUUGUCAGGAUUAAAAACGUCCAAGGUCUACCGCGUGACGGUAUCUGCACACAAUGAGUUUGGAGGAAGUCAGCCGGCGCCGUCUCAGAGCUUUUAUAUUCAAUACUCAGGAAUUCAAGAUGUGACUAUUUUCCGCGAUCCUGGGAAGCCAUCAGUCCUGAAGCUUGGUCAAACUGUGACGUUCAGCUGUGUUGUAAUAGCUCAGCCUCGGGCAAAACUCUACUGGAUGUUCAACAACAAGAACAUCUCUCACACAGACAGAAUACUCGCCAUAAAGUCCAUUACCAAGAAGGACUCGGGCAUUUAUACAUGUGUUGCCUACAAUAGCAAAGGAACAAAGAGUCGGUCGUAUUUUCUUAAUAUCAAGUUCAAGCCAAGCGUUGUAAAGGUGAGAGAGGACAAUGUUCAGCCUGAUGAACAACGGAAAGGGGUUCUUGUUUGCUGGUUCGAUGGCUAUCCAGACCAGAUAACGUGGACGAAAAAUGGGCAGGUCGUCAGUGCCGUACCGAGCAAGGUAUACGUGUACACUGAGCAGAGGGAGCACACUGGCAUCGUGGUGGGCAAACUCAAGUUUGCCAAUGUCGUAUCCAAGGACUUUGGCUUGUAUCGCUGCAAUGGGUCCAAUGCCUAUGGGUAUGCAGUAGGCGCAGUACAGUUAAUUGAUCCUGAUGCGAUAAAACAUGUUAAACCGGGGUCCAAGCCACCAAAUAUUACAGCUUGCUGUAUCAAUGAAGGGAUUCACCCAGACUGUAUGGCCAUCUGCUCCUUUGAUAUUGACAUCAACAAGAUCUUUUUAGAUCCUUCAAUGGCCAAGUGUAUCACUCAUCUAGUGGCAUUUUCAAAGUGUGCUGCAGAUGGCCGUGACCACACCAAGUGCUGUGCGAAUGCUGGUGUCAUAGACUUGUGUCUUCCUUUCUGUAAGGGGGUCAUUCCCGGUGAAGACCCCUACAACACCACCUUACUCGCCUGUAUAGACCACACUGUCGCCUCCAUCAGAUGUGUUGUCAAGGGACACGAUAAUAUUCCUUCCAUUCCACUGAAUGUGUUUGCGAAGAUAAAGAACAAAGCCAUCGAUGUGCACUGGAGUGCUCCACGCCACAAUGCAGAGAAAGUUGAAUCGUAUCACGUGUUCUACAAUUCCUCUCGUAUAAAAACACAGUAUCAUGCAGUGUCAAAUACAAUCUACACCUAUGCUAUUCAACUCCCAGAUAUUGAGUCAAAUGCCUACUUUUUUGUGUGGGUGGUUGCUUUCAACGACUUUGGAGAAUCACACAAGUCUGAGAUAAAGUAUAUUUCUAUGAAAAAAGCUGACCAUGUGACCAAAUCACCUUUGUCAAGAGGACCUGGAGAAGACAAUGCCCUUGGUGUUGGACUUGGAGUUGGACUGACAAUACUUGUCAUCAUAGUGAUUGCUGUGGUUAUCUUUUUUGUGUUCCGAAGACGGUGGGGUAAAGGUAUUUUCAGUAACGAAACUGUUGCUUUCGAAAAUCCUGGUUACGGAAGAUCUCAGCCUCAGGUAACUGGCCUUCCUUCGGAGACUAUGCAGCCAGUGGGACAGUUUUCCUACGACAAACUUGAUGAACCUCUGUCAGAGCACACCUACCAGGAACUGGAACCCAAUGGCAGAACGCCAGCAACAUUACCCAUAGACCAAGAGCAGGUCAAGCUGCCACAAUGAAAAGAGAGCAGGACAAUGACGAGAGUUGUUUGUGAUAAUUAAUUUAUGUAUUAUGGGUUCUGUGAAGUGGUGGGUUUACUGAAGAACUAAUCGGGUUCUGUCUUGAAUCUCCAUAGUUUAGGGAAUUGCCCAUUUUUUUUAGUAGAUGUGUAUAUUUUUUUUAUUGGUUGAAAUUAGUAAUGUUGGUUUUUAAGUAUCUUCUAAUGAAAACUUAAACAAAAUGGUUUUGUUGUAUUCAGACAUCUACGUAGAUCAAUGUCUCUCACUGCAUUGCUGUUUACAUAUGAUUUAAACCAUAGACUUCAGAGUUUUGUAAGCAGUUUGAAUGUAAAUUAUGUUUUGGCCUAGGUCCAGACUAUAAGUUACUUCACUAUUCGUCAAUAGUUGCAUGCCCAUGUGCUAGGAACUUCAAGCACAAGUUCUGAAGUCUUGAAGAAAUUAGCAUUUUCAGUCUUGACUUUGUCUCCAUUUUAAAAUUACUUAAUCAAAAGUCAAGACUAUAAAUAUAAAUAGUUACUUCACUAACCAGUCAAUAGUUGCAUGCCCAUGUGCUCUGAAGCUUCAAGCAGGACUGUCAUGAGCACAAGUCUUUGAAGCAUAUAGCAUUUUCAGGCUUGACGUUGGCUCAGUUUUAAAACUGCUUAAUCAAAAAAUGGUAUGUGCUUUUCUGUCUGUGGGAAAGUGCAUAUAAAAGAUCCCUUGCUACAAAUGGAAAAAUAUAGCGGUUUCCUUCUUAGACUGCAUGUCUGAUAUCCAACAGUGGAUGAUUAAUAAAUCAGUGUAGUCAGAUGUUUUUACUUUUGAAGUCACUUAAAGUCUGUGUGUCACACUAAGUGUAUGUAACUCGGAACCAGCUCAGGAAAUGAAGCUAUUGUAAUAAUUCCAAAGCUUUAAGUUAAACCUAGAUAAGUCUGUCCAUCUCUGGCAGAUCUUACUGGUAUCAUAAGUGAGGAAAGCUAUAACAACAGGACAACCUUGGUGGGGAGUUGGGAGGAUAGGCUUCCAAAUACAUAUAAAACAAUUACUAGAAACUGGUGAUAUUGUUGAUUGCUGCAGACCACACUAUUUAAGGGGAGCCUUGGUCUUCAUCAUUCCCCCCCCCUCCCCCUCCCCCCUCCCUCCCCCUCCCCCCUAUGUACAGAAUGUAUAAUUGUGAAAAUAUGAGUAAUUGUAAAUAAACCUUAAUAAAACCUUCUGGUAUAAAUUCUUUACCACCGACAUUUGAUUUGAUGUGUUGAUUGCAUCAUCUACAGAGUGCCUGCCUUCAUGCAUUGGAACCAUUUUGUGCUCAAAUAUUUGUAUAUUCCCUCCAACAACAGCAGCUCUCCCUCCCAAUGUUUUGUCCGGCUCUCACAUUUAAACUGGGCCCACCGUCAACAUACAUAUCGUUGUCCUUAUAUGAAUACUUUGUACAUAAAUUGUAAAUAUUAAAUUCCGUUACGUGUGUAUGUAUGUAUGUCUGUAUUACUGAUGUUUUUUAGUUUGAAGAAAAUGUGAGAAUAAUAUAUCAGUACAUAUCAUAUUUAUUUUAAUGUUCAAAGAGUAUAUUAUAUUUUUAACAGCUGUUUACCAUGUACAAGAUUUACACUGUUUUUAUUUGUGUACAGGUGGUGGGAUCUGAAAUGUUGAAUUUUACCAUUUUAUUGUUAUUGUUGUUUUCGAAGAAAUGACAAUUAAGUGCUGUAGUGGUUUUUGACAGAUGCAAUUUAUGGUCUACUUAAUUUCUUUACACAACUUGUCUCCUACUUUUAAAUGUACUGACGAGUUCUGAUGUGUCGAAUAUAUUUGCCAAAACUGAACAUUUAAAAAAUAGUCAUGUCAGUCUUCUACGAUAACUGUUAUAUACAUUGUAACCUAUCGCUGUACUGACACUUAUGAUAAUACAAUAACAUGAAUGAGAUUCCUUCCAGGGCCCCGGUCCAUAAUAAUUGAAAAAGAGUAGCCUAUGGUAGGUACAGCUAAAUAGUUGAUGAUUGUGGGGCUUAUCUCUAGCUAUUUAAUGAAGAUUUUCAUGUAUCUUUUAAAUGUUUUUAAACAAUGCCAUAAAUUAAACAUGUUAUAAUAUAUUUUUUCCCAACAAAAGAAAUAACUGAUUUCAGAUGUUUUAAAACAAGGAAUUGUAACCAUAUAUAUAGGUUUUAUAUUAUUACGUUUGUAUUUUAAGCAUAUGUAUUCCAUUGUAUCAUCCCAAGGGGCAUAAUUGGGGAAAUAAAAAUCAUAUUUCAGAGCUUGGGCUUUCAGUAGCCAAAUUAAUUUCUCACUGAGAAAUGAUCAUGCACUGGUGUUGCGUACAAUAUUGGACGAUUUGGUGCCUACACACCAAUGACCUUGUUGGUACUAAAUAUGUCUUCAUGAUGUGGCAAAUACACAAAUGACAUCACAUAGUUUAAAGUGUUUUUCAUUUACACCUUUGUUUUCAUUGCUAAAUUUUGUAAUAAAAUGUUAUUCUAGAUUAGAAUUAUUGUUAAUGUGAAUAAAAUGAAAGUUAUAGCAAUACUCAGAACAGUGUGUAAGUGGUUAUGAAUGGAAUGCUAUGAGUAUGACAAAAUAAAUGGCUUUUAGAGAAAACAAUAACUGAGAUAAUAAAUAGAAUAAACAACUUGGUACCAGUUAAUAAAUUUAGAUGCAUUAUGAAAGCGAUAGCUUGUAACAAGUGAAGAUUAUUUCCCUCGGGAGCUAAAUUUGGUAACAACUUGUAACUUACUUGUGAUAUACAUAUCACCGAUUUUAUGUAUAUUGUAAAUAGCAUGUAACCAGGUCAUAAAUUUAACCAAAUUAUAAUUAGCUUAUCACCAAAGAAUAGGAUACUAAUAUUUUAUUAUGUACAAUAUAUUAUAUGCAGCUAUUUUUUUUUUCAUUUGUAGUGUAGUGUAAUACUACAUGUUAAACUUUUUACGUGAUAAUAUUCUUGUACAUACUCACUUGGUUCAUUUUUGCAAACUGUAACAUUUUAAUUAAAGGAUGUAUGCACUUAAGUUAAAUUAAAUUCCAAUUCACCUUAAGCAACUUCUAUUAACAAUUUCACAUUAUACACACAACAUAUAUUCGGUACCAAAUGUAGGAAUAACAAGCCAUAGGAUUUCAAGGGAAUUUUUUUUUUUUCUGUACCUUGUGAUCAUGGAAACCUAUUGGAAACUGUUUUUUAAAAAUAUUUAUAUAUAUAUAUAUAUAUUAUUUUCGUUGAAUAGUUGUACUCGAUAUAAUAAUCAUAGGAAACUAAAUUUCGGUUCCGUGAUUUUACCGACAUGGUACCGGAACGAUUGUUUCUGUGAAAUCAGAGGGCCUGAAAAAUAAAAUAAAAGGAGGUGUCAAGGCUAAAAUCUAUUUUUAGGAUUCUUUAACAUUUUUUCCCCUUGUUCAAAUGGUAUGUUACCACCUAAUACAAUCUGUUUAAAUUUUAUGAUUUUUUAGGUUCCUUGUUUAUAAUUUAGCCCUAAAUAUCAGGCUACCAGGGUUUCUGUGUUAAGAAAUGUUGUUGUGAAUUGAUAUUUUGUCUAAUCCAUUUAUGGAUUAUGCAGAAAUAAAUUAAGGUAACCCAUUUCCUUUUUGCAUAUGGUGCCCUACAUUUUGCAUCAAUAAAAAAUAAUUUAUGCAAAAUUAGAUAUGCACAAACAAUGUACGAACAAAACGAUCCUCCUUACAAUUUUUCAGAGGCCUGCCCAAUGACUUAUACAGUAAAAAGUAGUUAAAAUGUUUUGGAUGGGUCAUAUUAAUGAAUAUAUUAAUCAUUAGUAUGACAGUAGGGAAGACAACAAUUUAAAUUGGAUUGAAUUAAGGGACUUACACAAUGUCUGCCAGGUAGCAAAUCCUGAUGGCAAUUGCCAAGGAAGAUUUUAACAUUGGGCAGCAUGCAAAGAGUUAAUAUGCAAUGUGUAAUUAAUUUUUUUAUUCAAUACAAAUUGCUGUUAAAGGUCUGCUUUUCUUCUAAUAAUAUAUCCUUCAUAUAGAAAUCUAUAUACCGUACCUGAAUGAUGUGUUAAAGGUCUGCUUUUCUUCUAAUAAUAUAUCCUUCAUAUAGAAAUCUAUAUACCUUACCUGAAUGAUGUGUUAAAGGUCUGCUUUUCUUCUAAUAACAUAUCUUUCAUAUAGAAAUCUAUAUACCGUACUUGAAUGAUGUGUUAAAGGUGCAGACCCCAGUUUCAACCUGUGAAAAUGGACACUAAGUUUGGUUAAGUUACAAACCUGCAACACAUUUAGAUAAUGUUACAAGAGAGUGAAACAAAAGUCUGUGACUUUAAA